AUGUCAGGUGAGCGUCCCGUACGACCACCGCCAACGAGCAUACCGCUGAUAGUUGCCAAGGAGGAACAAUGUAGCCAAAUUGCUCUAUCUCUUCACGCUAGGCGAGCGGACGCAUUUCGGCCAGAUCGAGUGCUUGAAGCUUCUCGCCUCGCCGCGCUUUGCGGACAAACUGACCUGAACCACUCCAAUCAAUAUGUAGUUGGACUUGCGCUCUGUACGCUCGGGAAUAUUGCAUCUGUGGAAAUGUCCAGGGACUUAUUUCCGGAAAUCGAAUCUCUCAUAUCCACCGCUAAUCCUUAUAUCCGCCGGAAAGCAGCCCUUUGUGCUAUGCGUAUCUGUCGCAAAGUCCCAGAUUUACAAGAACAUUUUAUCGAAAAGGCCAAGGUACUCUUAUCCGAUAGAAACCAUGGAGUUUUAUUGUGCGCUCUUACUCUUGCCAUUGACUUCUGUGAACAAGAUGAGGCAGAAGGAGGUCAAGAAAUAAUUGAUCAAUUCAGGCCGCUGGCUCCAGGUUUAGUGAGAACGCUAAAAGGCCUGACAACGUCAGGAUAUACUCCGGAGCACGACGUUUAUGGGAUUACAGACCCCUUUCUCCAAAUCAAGAUCCUCCGACUGUUGCGGGUUCUAGGCAGAGGCGACGCAGCUAUCAGCGAGCUUAUCAACGAUAUCCUCGCGCAAGUCGCGACGAAUACUGACUCGAGCAAAAAUGUGGGGAACUCUAUCCUAUACGAGGCCGUGUUGACUAUUCUAGACAUAGAAGCUGAUUCUGGGCUCCGCGUGCUGGGAGUGAACAUCCUCGGAAAGUUUCUGGCUAAUAAAGACAAUAACAUCCGAUACGUAGCCUUGAAUACGUUGAUCAAGGUUGUUGCUGUUGAGCCUAAUGCCGUUCAACGACAUCGGAAUACGAUUCUUGAGUGCCUGCGAGAUGCCGAUAUCAGCAUACGAAGACGGGCACUUGACCUCAGUUUUACGCUUAUUAAUGAAGGAAAUGUGCGCGUCCUCGUUCGAGAGCUCUUAGCAUUCUUAGAGGUUGCGGAUACCGAGUUCAAACCAGUCAUGACCACUCAGAUCGGAAUAGCAGCUGAUAGAUUCGCACCAAAUAAGCGUUGGCAUGUUGAUACGAUGCUACGGGUGUUGAAACUUGCUGGCAAUUAUGUCAAAGAACAGAUACUUUCGUCCUUCGUCCGCCUUAUUGCAACAGCGCCUGAUCUUCAAACAUACUCAGUGCAGAAACUUUAUGCCGCUCUUAAGGAAGAUAUCUCCCAGGAAGGGUUGACUUUAGCGGCAUCGUGGGUUAUUGGAGAGUACGGCGAUGCCCUUCUUCGUGGAGGGCAGUACGAGGAAGAAGAACUAGUCACGGAAGUGAAGGAGAGUGAUGUCGUAGAUCUCUUCAUGAAUGUCUUGAACAGCACUUAUGCCUCGCAAAUUGUCACAGAAUACAUUGUCACCUCCGCAAUGAAAUUAUCCACGAGGAUGACGGAUCCGGCUCAAAUUGAGCGAAUUCGAAGAUUCCUUAGCAGCAGGUCCGCUGAUCUCAACGUUGAAAUUCAGCAACGAGCCGUGGAGUAUACAAACCUUUUCGGUUAUGAUCAGUUGCGGCGUGGUGUGUUCGAAAAAAUGCCACCUCCGGAAAUCCGAGAGGAGCAGAGAGUUUUGGGUCCAUCUACAAACAAACGCCAGAGCAGAGUGUUGAAAGAUAAAUCCAAGAAGCCAGCCAAGCCAUCCGAACAGGAUAUGCUGCUUGAUCUAAUGGGUGGCUCGGAUGUACCGGCCGCGGAUACAACUAAAAAUCUCAAUGGGUCUCAAAACACUGCAGACUUGCUGGCUGAUAUUUUAGGUGGCGGGCCAUCCACAGCCCAAUCACCGCCGCCACCAUCAAAUCAGCCAUCGAACGUCAAUGCAAUUAUGGACCUUUUUGGUUCUCAGGCGACCCCCCCAGCGAUGCAACCGCCCCAAACAUCUGCCUCCCCUGGUCUAUUUGCACCUACAAAGUCACAACCCUCUCAGACUCCACCUCCCGCCUCAGGUGCACCGAUGCAUAUCGCAUUUAACAAAAAUGACCUUACAUUGGCCUUGCAAGUUCAAAGAAGUAACCCUUCCGCUGCACAAAUUCUUGCCAAGUUCCGCAAUACGUCAAAUCUUGACCGGUUUACCGGCGUUGGCCUGCAAGCAGCCGUGCCCAAAUCACAAAAACUUCAGCUUUCAGCCAUCAAUAAAAGUGAACUAGAUGGAGGACAAGAAGGUACCCAGGUCCUGAAAGUAGCAACCGCAACGAACAACCCGCUACCCGCCAAAGUUAGGUUACGCCUGAGGGUCACCUAUUCAAGAAACGGAUCGGAGCAGGUGACGGAGCAGGUGGACUGGACAGAGCCGUAG